AUGCCCAAAAAGACAUCCAACUCCAAGCAGCAGCAGCCCCCCUCAUCCACCCCCAAAUCCCAUCUCCAACAAAAACACCAGCAGCAGCGGCAGCAACCCCCCAACUGGCCCCCUCUCCGCCCACUCAUCCCCUCCACCUCUCUGACUCUCGACCCUCUCGUCCCCGACCAAAUCUACCUCAUCCGGAACUUCUUCCCCUCGACGCUCUGCAAAACCUACACUUCAUUCCUGGCCUCCCUGCCACUGACCACCACACCCGGCAAACCCAAAAAGGGCGAUGCAGUGCGAGUCAAUGAUCGGUUUCAGAUCCAGGAUGAGGGGUUCGCGGAGGGUCUUUGGUCGGGGACGGCGUUGAAGGAGAUGAUUCUGAAUGCGGGGGGAGAUGGUGAAGAUGAAGAUGAAGAAGAGGAAGCAGUGACGAGAGACAUGAAAGAUAUCUGGGGCGGGGAACCCAUUGGGCUGAAUGGGAAUAUCCGUAUAUAUCGGUAUUCGAAGGGCCAGUUCUUCGAUAAACAUUAUGACGAUUCCAAUGCUAUCACUUUCUCCUCGCCCGGUCGUCCGCCCCGUGCGGCCCGCACCACUUGGACGCUUCUUAUCUACUUGACGAGCUGUGAGGGAGGGGAAACCGUCUUCUAUCCAGAGGCGACCCGGUCCAAUCGCAAUCCGGAGCCGGUGUCGGUGGCUCCGGUGCCGGGGAUGGCGCUGCUGCAUCGGCAUGGAGAUCGGUGUAUGUUGCAUGAGGGGAAGGAGGUGCGGGAGGGGGAGAAGUGGGUGUUGAGGAGUGAUUUGGUGGUUGCACGAUGA